UGCUUUGUAAUUAGUAAUACCAUUAUUUUAUUUUGAAAAGCAUGGCCGGAAGUGCUUCUGGCUAGAAGCUAGCAGUGGAAAAUGUUCGCGACUUUCAGAGCUUUUCAAAGCCGGACUGGGGGUCUCCGCCCGGCGGCCUUGACACCGCUGCAGCAGAGGGAUCCCCCAGCGGGGCGUCCGAGCGGAGGCCGCGGGGUGUCGGUCACAAACGCAGGAGAGACAGUCCGGCCACUAGAGGGCGUCAGAGUGCUGGACCUGACCAGGGUUCUGGCCGGCCCGUUCGCCACCAUGAUCCUGGGAGACCUGGGGGCGGAGGUAAUCAAAGUGGAAAAACCAGGCGUAGGUGACGACACCAGAGCGUGGGGUCCUCCGUUUGUGGGCUCAGAGAGCGUCUACUUCCUGAGCAUCAACAGGAACAAGAAGAGUCUUGCUGUGGACCUGAAGAACCCUCGAGGAGCAGAGGUGGUGCGGGAGCUCGCAGGAGUGUGUGACGUCCUGGUGGAGAACUACCUUCCAGGGAAGCUCCAGGAGAUGGGUUUGGGGUUUGAACAGCUGGGCGGGGUCAACCCCCAGCUCAUCUACUGCUCCAUAUCAGGUUACGGGCAGACCGGUCCUCAGGCUCAGAGUCCGGGCUACGACUCCAUCGCCUCGGCAGUGUCUGGGAUGAUGCACAUCACGGGGCCGGAGGACGGGGAGCCGGUGCGCCCAGGCGUCGCCAUGACCGACCUGGCAACAGGGCUGUACGCACACGGAGCCAUCAUGGCGGCCCUGCUGCAGCGACACAAGACGGGAAGAGGAGGUCACAUCGACUGUAACCUGCUGUCCUCACAGGUCUCCUGCCUCAGCCACAUUGCUGCAAACUAUCUGAAUGCAGGAAAGGAGGCGAGGCGCUGGGGGACGGCCCACGAGAGCAUCGUCCCGUACCAGGGCUUCAAGACCAAGGACGGACACAUUGUUGUAGCUGCAGGAAACGACAAGCAGUUUGUCCGAGUCUGUCAGGUUCUGGAGCUGAUAGAACUUACCCAGGAUCCAAACUACAAAAGCAACAAGCUGAGAGUCAAGAACCGCAAAAAACUUCUGCACACACUGUCACAGAGGUUCCAGCAGGAGAAGACAGCUGAUUGGCUGAGGCGGUUUGAGGGUUCAGGUGUUCCUGUUGGACCAAUCAACAGCAUCCAAGAAGUCUUUUCAGAGCCACAGGUGAAACACAACGCACUCAUACAGGAAAUGAAGCAUCCGACUGCAGGACGCAUCGCCGUUCCCGGUCCAGCUGUUCGCUUCAGCAGCUUCCCUCCCAGCGGACCCACACCCCCUCCGCUGAUUGGCCAGCAUACGGUCCAGGUGCUGCGACACACCUUGUCUUACAGCGAUGACGUCAUCAGAACGCUGCUGGCGUCUGGGGCUGUGGUCCAGAAUGAGGCGUUCUGAUUGACGGAGAGAAAAGGAAAAGCCUUCAGGAGAGACGAGACUGAGAUCACGAGUUUGUUCAUGAGCUCGGCUGGAUUCAGAGGAGAUAACCUGCAAAGACUUAAUGAAAACACUCCAGGGCUCCGCCCACUUUCAGGCAUGAUGUAAUCGUGUAACGCAGAUCACUGUGACCCAGACUGUACAUCUGAAGAACAAAAGGAUCUAAUAAAGAAGAAAAUCCAAGCAGA